AUGGCCGGUAUUUUAUCUCGUACCAUUCGUUUCCCAUGGACUUUGAGCUCUAGGUUACUAAUAGCAGAGUACACGAGUGAAAAUAUAAUAAAAGUGAUGGAAUCGACAAAUUGUUUUAUUGGUAAAGAGGAUCAUCAUAAUGGUGUUUUAGUUGAUUCAACCAAAGAACCCUGCACAGCUGAUCUUGUUGUCAAUCGUUUGCGAGCUUCACUUACAGAAUGGACAAAAAACAACAAAAAAACUGUAUGGUUUCGUGUUGAAAGGAAUGAUGCUGAUUGGAUUCCCCUUUUAGUUAAAGAAGGAUUUCUAUUUCAUCAUGUAAAAGAACAAUAUGUUACAUUAUAUAGAUGCUUGACGUCUGAUAAAAACAUUCCCCCUUAUGCGCAUACGAAUUUAGGGGUGGGUGGUUUUGUUAUUAACGAUGAUACUAAUGAAGUAUUGGUUAUAAAAGAAAAGUAUUCGGCUCACAAAUCUGCUAAAUGGAAAUUACCAGGUGGUUAUGUUGAACCAGGUGAAAAUAUUCCUGAAGCGGUUGAACGAGAAGUAUUUGAAGAAACUGGGAUUCGCGCUAAAUUUAAAUCUCUUGUUGGAUUUAGACACGCACAUGGUUACGCUUUUGGAUGCAGUGAUAUUUACUUUGUUGCCAGAUUAGUUCCAGAAACAUUAGAAAUUAAAAAAUGUACUCAAGAAAUAUCCGAGUGUGUUUGGAUGAAGCUCGAAGAUUACGCAAAUAGCCAAGACGUCUAUAGAUUAAAUCGUUUUAUUGCCAAUAAAAUGAUUGAAUUAUUGAAUUCUAAAACAGAAAUUGGAUUAGUAAAUGGCGAGCGACCGAAUUCAACAGAUCCAAUUUGGAUUUAUGUGAUAACUAAUGAUAACGAUAAAAAAGAUUUACCGCCUAUUAGAAAUUGAUAGUUUAGAAAAAUAAAUCAACUGUAAGUGAUGCGCAAAAAAUAUAAGUUAUAUAUCAUUCUUUAAUAAUAAGGUAUUAGGACCAUAAUUUCAGAAUUACAUAUUUAUAAAUAUGUAUGUUGUCUAUAAUAAAUAAAAAAUUAUUUCUUUCUA